AUGAAGACAAGUUUUUUUGAUGAGCGGAGGGAGGUCUGAGACAUUUACGUGUAGAGAAAAGGGUCUCUCUGAGACACUCACUCAUUAAAGGAGCUCUGCAACUCUGUCAGCCUCAUCGGUGUGGUGGCCGCGACCGUCGAACUCAAACACCUCCCCUCCGGCAAGGUGGUGGCGUGGACCCGCCUCUCUGUCAAGAAGAACGCCACGCAAGUGUCCUCCAUAAGCCUCACUUUCUGGGACGAAGAAGAUUAAGGGAUAUAGGAGUUGAAUCCAAUGAAGAUUUUAAUGGAGGGAACAAUAUAGUCAGAGAGUUUGUUGGUUUUAGCAAUAGGAAACAGGAAGCUAAAAGGUAUGGAUCAUCCGAGUUUCGAGAUCUUCAACAAUGGGGAAAAAGCGUGCGAUGACGCCGGCGGAGGAUGUUGACUUGUCCUCCAUCAAGUACGAACGAGAGGUUGUGCAAGCUCCACAUUUGACUGGAUUUGUAUUUAGAUUCUUUGUGAGGAUACUCGAAGCUCCGCUGAUAGGCCCUAUCAUAAUAAAUUAUUUGAAGAAGCAAAAUAAAAUUAACCAAGUUUGUUUAUUGCAGUACACUGUGAUACCUGAGGAACCCAUGUUCAAACCUGAAUAUCCACCUCAAGGGGAAGAAUAUGCCAAGGAUGGAGAAAGGAAAGGUUUGGGUGGAAUUUGCAGGUCGAUUGGAAGGAACAAUUCAGGAGCAAUAUAUCUUACAGUUCCCCUUGCAACCAGCAUUGAUAUAGUACUUUUUUCUCUUGGACAUAUUUUAGCAAGCCCAAAAUCUGAUAUUUUGGGGCCAAACAACUCAUCUAGCAGUAUAUUAAAUGAAAUAUUUGCGUGCUGAGAUGAAGAGCCUCCAUUAGAAGCACAAAAUUAUGCGUCAAGUAUAGGAGCAUUCACGAUUUCUUCUUGUCCACGUGUGGAGUGUUCACGUGGCCAAUGAGGACACAAGAAAAAGCAUGAGAAUGGAGUGUCUUAUUCAAAAGUAACGUGGAGUAACAGAAAAGAUGCUUGUGUGUCUACACAACUCAACUUAUUUGCUCAAACCCUCAGUCUCGCUCUGAUGCUUGUGCCAUAGCCACUAUCUCCUCAAUUUCGUCGAGAAGAUGGAUAUUCGGCAAAGUCGUGGUUGGAUGUAUGAUAGACUAAAUUCAGAUCGAAGGGGAUAUACUGACCCAUUUUUAAAUGGGGUAGAUGAAUUUGUGUCUUAUGCAUCCUUACAAACAAACUUAUCAAAUGGAAAAAAUGAGAUGUCCUUGUUUUAAAUGCAAAAACUUGAAGUUCUUAACUUCUGAAGAACUUAAAGUUCAUCUUUAUAAGAAAGGAUUCAUACCUGAUCUUUAUGAUGCUGUUGGUUCAGACUAUGAAACCCAUUAUGAUCAAGAAAUGGAUGAGUCUCCAAAUAUAGAUGCCCAAAAGUUUUAUGACUUGCUACAUGCAGCUCAAAAGCCAUUAUGGCCAGGAUGUAAUGAUCAUAUUGAAUUAUCUGUUGCUGUUAGAUUGUUGGCAAUUAAAUCAGAGGGAAACAUGUCCCAACGAUCUUUUGAUCAAACAGUGGCUCUUAUGAAGGAGACACAUCCUCCAAAUAAUCUUACCCCGAAAGAUUAUUAUAGGACAAAAAAAAUAGUUUCAAAACUUGGUUUGACAGCGAAAAAGAUUGAUUGUUGUAUCGAUGGCUGUAUGUUGUUCUACACUUUUGAAGAUAUGCAAUUAAAAGAAUGCAAGUUUUGUCAUAAACCUCGUUACCAAAAAAAAAAGGUUGGCAUGGGUAAACACAAAGAAGUACCUGUGAAGAGAAUGCAUUACUUACCACUCAUUCCUAGGCUUAAGAGAUUAUAUGCCUCAAUGAGUUCUGCUCCACAUAUGAGGUGGCAUUAUGAGAAUAGACGAGAACCAGGGGCGUUGUGUCAUCCAUCAGAUGGUGAAGCCUGGAAGCACUUUGAUCAAAUGUAUCCUGAAUUUGCAAGUGAACCAAGAAAUGUGAGGUUAGGUUUAAGUGCCGAUGGUUUUGCGCCUUUUACUAAUACUGCUAAACAUUAUUCUUGCUGGCCAGUAAUUGUCACACCUUAUAAUCUUCCUCCAGAACUAUGCAUGACAACUCCUUAUAUGUUUUUGACAUUGCUCAUUCCUGGACCACAUAAUCCCAAAGGUAAGAUAGAUGUGUAUUUGCAACCGUUGAUAGAUGAGCUAAAACAGUUAUGGAAUGAAGGAGUGGUGACAUAUGACAUUUCGAGAAAACAAAAUUUUGUAAUGAAAGCUACACUAAUGUGGACUAUUAGUGAUUUUCCUGCAAAUGCAAUAUUGUCAGGUUGGAGUACAUAUGGUAGAUUAGCAUGUCCGUAUUGUAUGAAUUAAUCAAAGGCUUCCAGAUUGAAAAACGGAAGUAAAUUUUCUUGGUUUGAUUCACAUCGUCAAUUUUUGCCUAUGAACCAUUCUUUUAGGAGAAAUAAGGAUGCAUUUUACAAGAAUCGGAUAGAAAAAUCUCAACCACCUCAAUUUUUAAGUGGGAAUGAAGUAUGGGAACAAGUUUGCUGUCUCCCAAAAAUAACUGAGGUUAGUCCUUGUAUAUGUGAUGGACAUGGUGUGUCUCAUAAUUGGACAAAGCAAAGCAUCUUUUGGGAGUUGCCUUAUUGGAAAACCAACUUAAUAAGACAUAAUCUUGAUGUGAUGCAUAUAGAGAAAAAUGUGUUUGAUAAUGUCUUUAAUACAGUGAUGGACAUCAAAGAUAAGACUAAAGAUGAUGUCAAUGCAAGAAAAGAUUUGAAAGAACAUUGUCGACGACGUGAAUUAGAACUACAAGUGCAGACUAAUGGAAAAGAGUUAAAGCCUAAGGCAAAGUUUGUUUUAUCCAAUGAACAAAAAAAGGUUGUCUGCAAAUGGGUUAGUGAGUUGAAAAUGCCGACGGUUAUGCCUCAAAUUUGCAUAGAUGUGUAAACAUAGAAGAAAGGAAGUUUUAUGGAAUGAAAAGUCAUGAUUCUCAUGUUUUCAUGGAGAGACUAUUACCCAUUGCUUUUCGUGCAUUACCACAUCAAGUAUGGAAUCCUAUAACUGAGUUAAGUAAAUUUUUUAAGGAUUUAUGCUCAACAAUAUUACGAGUGGAUGAUUUGUUGUUGAUGGAACAAAACAUUAUUAUUACAACAUGUAAGUUGGAACGAAUCUUUCCACCUGCAUUCUUUAAUUCCAUGGAGCAUCUUCCUAUUCAUUUACCUUAUGAAGCAAAGGUGGGAGGUCCAGUUCAAUAUCGAUGGAUGUAUCCGUUUGAGAGGUAUUUGAAUAGAUUGAAACGGAUGGUUAAAAACAAAUCACAUGUUGAAGGAUCAAUUUGUGAAGCAUAUUUAUGCCUAGAGACUUCUCAUUUCUGUUCAUAUUACUUUGAGUCUCAUGUGCAAUCAAUGAGAACUAGAGUUGGUCGAAAUGAUUUUACUUCUCUACCUUAUGCUUUUCCACCUAUUGAUCCAUCACCUAGAACAUCUCAAUUCCCAACUUCACCUUUGGUACAAGGAGUACAAUCAUCUAAUUCACAACCCAAUUCAGAUGAAGGACCUAAUCCUAGAUCAACUAGAUCAACUGAUGUUGCACUAGAGACACAAGAAAAUAGUGGCAAGCCAAUCUUAAACCUUGAUGGGCAAGGAUUCUUACCUUCCCACCCUGCAGCUAAUGGAAUUGGAGAUAUCCUCAAAAGUCAUUAUACUAAUCCAUGGCCAUCAUGGAAGCAAAUUCCAAUUAGCACAAGAGACUUAUGGUUUGGAGAGUUUUUGACAAAGUUGAAUGGAAUUCCUCCUACUAUAUCUGAAUUGUUUCGUCGCACACACCAACGGAAGGACAAGUCAUGGGUGGACAGGAAAUCAGAACAAGUUAAUGAAAAAUUUUCACGCAUAUUUGAAGAAUUAACCCAAAAAGCAAAUGAAGAAGGAACUACUCCACCAAAUGAGUUAGAUGUGUGGUGUGAUGUAGCUAGAACCAAAGGAGGAAAAAUAUAUGGCCUUGGAAUGGAAUCUUCUGUAGUGGCAGGAAGACCAUAUUAUCGUGGCUCUUCUUCUUCCUCAAAUGAGUGGGUACAAAGACAAGAACUUGAUGAACUAAAAAAAGAUUUGGAAGAAGUUAAAAAUGAAAGAGAUGAGCUUCGAGUUAAAGUUUUAAAUAUUGAGAAACUCUUUGAGCAAAACAAUGCAAUGAUACGACAAUGGAUGGAUAGUAUUAAUCGUCAUUCCAUGCCACCUAGUAUAGAGGAUAGUGAAGAUGAGGAUGAGACACAACCACCCAGUCAACCAUUUAAUCCUAAUAGAGAUGACUAUUUUAGAAGAAACAAAAGAAUGUGAUGUACAAGAAGAGUUCUACGCACAACAUAAAGGACAUUUUACUUUAUGGAAGUCAUACAUGGAUAUGAUUGGUUGCAUUUUGCUUUAAAGUUUAAUAUGCAUCUGCUAAUAAAUGGAUAUGAUUGGUUGGAUUUUGCUUUAAA